AUGUUCCCGAAAUUGAAAUUACAUAAAACGAAUUUAAAGUUACGGUCUUAUUGUAAAGAAAGUUUUGUGCCACUCGGUUUUAUUAAAGUAAAGGUUGAAGAUUUGAAUGAAAUUAAAGUGCUAAACAUAUAUGUUGUUAAAUAUGAUAAAGAUCCAUUGUUAGGUCGAGAAUGGAUUAAUCAAUUAAAAACUUUAAAUAAACGCACAGCUCCUUAUCAUCCCGCCACAAAUGGUUUAGCGGAGCGUUUUGUUCAAACUUUAAAACGAGCGUUGCGUAAACUAAAGAUUGCUAACGGCAAUAUCAAAGCUAAUCUGCAGAAAUUUCUUUACCACUAUAGAUUAACACCACAUCCGGAGUUAAAUAAAUCGCCCGCAGAAGCGAUGUACGGUAGAAAAUUAAGAAGCAGAUUAGAUUUGAUGUUCCCUAAAAUAAAUAAAAACAAUGAAAUAAUAGAGAAUUUUGGGAAAGCAAACAAUUUUAAGAAGGGCGAAAAGGUCGUCGUUAGAGAAUAUUUGAACAAAAAUAACAAAUGGCGUUUUGGCAAUGUAAUUACAAGGUUAGGAAAAUUACACUAUAAAGUUAAAUUAGAAGAUGGUAGAAUAUGUAAGUGCCAUAUUAAUCAAAUAAAAGGUAUAGGAAGUCAAAUUAGUAAUAAGAUACAUUUCGACGAUGUCGAUCAUAAUGGCCCAAUAGAAAUAACUAAAGAUAUUGUUACUCCUGAAAAUUAUGCAGAAAUAGAAUUAGGGCAGGACAAUUUCGACUCUGGAAGCUCGAGAGACUGCUCCGAGGAUACUGCAGUAUCAGAAUCCGAGGAAGGGGGAAUUGCUAAAAAGCCAAUGUUCCACACACAUCAGUCUCUCCAAAAACCAAUGAUAGCGAGCGUCAACCAACUGUAA